AUGACAGGCAGUUGCGGCUAUGUAAUUCUGCAGAGUCGGGCCGGGCGCGCCCGGACCACGAGCGCCGCUCUAACGCGGCCGGGCGCGGAGGUCUGCGCGGCGCUCGCUCAGCGGACCUCGGCGAACCCCGACUGCCGAGGCGCAGCCGCGUCUCUUGAACUCGGGACCUUCACGGGUCGCCCCCGCCUAGCUCGCGCCCCUCCGUCCGCCUCCGGACCGGCUCGCGCACCCGCCAGCCUCCGCUCGGGCCCGCCUGUGGCUCGCGGGGAGGGGACGCACAGAAGGGCUUCCCUCACUCCAGAAGCGGCCGGCGGACAGAAAAAGGCUGUUGGGGCCGAAGCCCCGAAGCCCCUCGACUCAGCUCGGGUUUGGAGCCGCAGCGAGACCCAGAGCGCGCACGAAGGGGCGGGGGCCGCGUACCAGGCUGUCCCUCCAGGCGCUCCGUACUCGUCCGAACCCGCGUGCAACCGCAGAAACUGCCACACUACUCAGCACGCUACUUCCUUCCGGGCCCGUCGCUCCGAUGACGCCAUCAGUUUACGCCAGAAGGUCACACCCCCUUACCGCGGCUUCUGCAGUCAGCUCCGCCCCCCGCACGCAGAGUGGUCAAUGUCUGCCGACGGCCGCGAGAGGGCGCACGUGACCCUAUCCGGUCCUGAUUGCUGGGCCGGGGCGCGGACCAGGACGGGUUUGCCAGGGCUGGGUUUAUGUCCGAUGUUCCAGCAUGGUUCGGCUAAGCCAAGUAAUCCUAAAGUUUGUGGAAGUGCAGAGCUACCUGGCUGCUGGUGCAUCCCAAUCACAAGAGAACUGAGCAUCUUCAGAGAAAAGAAGUGAAGCCUACAGGCUGAGAGAAGAGAAAGUCACUACUUAUAAUCCACUCACAGCGGGAAAUUUUCAUAACACCAGUGAUGGGCUGCCGCCUUAGGAAACCUGGAAAGACACUUCUUUUAGGAAGAAGCAUGAGCUAUUUCCACGCCUGGAAUGCUCAGUGGAAGGUGCAAGCUGAUGAGGGAAUAGCUGGGCAAAAGCUCAGGUGUGCUGUAGAUAGCAUUUGUUAAGCCCACUCCUCCAUCUGCUGUAAAAUUGGGAAUUGUUGGUUCAGAGGCUUGUGUCCAGCCCUUGUACCACAAUAGAAUGAAGGCCUCACCUGUCUAUCACCCUUGCUGGGCCUAGCAAGAGUUCAGGGGCCUCGGCCCCUUCCACCUGCCUGAGAGAAGUCUCCCUCCUCCAGCUCCUGCAGCUCAACUGUCCGAUCUCCACAAUUAGCACCUGAUUAUAUCCAGUCCAGGUUUGCACGGUAUGAUCUAGCACUUUAUCAGGCCCAUGUAAGUGUGGUUAUGUAUAACAUUAUCUCACUUCCUGCCCAGCUGGCAUGUCUGGUCUCCCUCAGAUAAAUUGGGCAGGAAAUUUGCCUGCGUUUUCUUCUUUAUGGCACCCAGCAUGGUGCUGGGCAUCUCACGGGAAUUCUGUAAACUCUGCUUGCUUUGACGACUGACCACCUGGAAGUGUAAUCCCCAAAUACUCGGGAUUCUCUUUUCAAGCUGCACAUUUUCUGUUUUGAUUAUCAGAUAGCUUAAUUUAUCAAGACAAGCAAUGGACAAAUGGAAAGAAGUAGGUAUCACUUUCACGGUCCCCUCCAACCCCUGGGGCUAGCACACAGUGCACUGGCUGCUUGUUGGACCGCAGGGCAGCCUGGCUCUCUCUCCACCAGGAGCCUGUCCUGUCCCUGCACUGGGCUGA